AUGCAGUCACUAGAAAACAUGAUGAUAAAGAACGACUUUAUUUACGAGACACGGGAGGAACCCGGAACAGAGAUCGUAAUAGAGAUCUUCUUUCUUCAUCGGUACUCGAGAGACAUGUGGCGUGCAUUCCCCCACAUCAUGCUGAUCGAUGCAACGUACAAGACAAACUUAUACAAUAUGCCAUUUAUCCAGAUUGUUGGGGGUAUGACGCCUACCAACAAAUCGUUUAUUAUCGCGCAUGCCGUUGUUAGUAAAGAACGGGGUGAUAACUUUGUGUGGGUGCUUGAGAGGGUCAAGUCAAUGUUGGAUGAAUGUAUGGAGCCACGAGUCUUCAAUUAUGUGUAUGAUAACUGGCUAAAAGACUGUAAGGAGAUGUUCGUCUUUGCAUGGACUGAUAAAAGGCGCAACUUUGGUAAUCGUACCACAAACAGAGUUGAGAGCCAACACGCCAACUUAAAGAGAUACGUCCUAGAUAGGAGCUCGCUGGACCGUGUAGUUGGUUGUGUCCAGGAUAUAGUUGAGACACAGUUCGGUGAAAUAAGGAAGACUUUUCGAGAAAGCAUCAACCACCACAAACACCCGCUGUUUCAACACCUACUUGGAAAAGUAUCCCAUACAGCCCUUGACUUGUUGAGUGGAGAGGCAAUUAGGAAGCUAGAUGUCUUGGAGCGCUUUCAUUCAUCAUGUGGUUGCCAAAUGUGGUACAGUUUCGGGUUGCCCUGUGCUUGUAGGAUUGAAAAGUACAUGAGUGAAGAGCGUCCGAUUCAACUCGAAGACAUAGACGUCUUCUGGCGGAAACUUAACUUCCAAAGUUGUAAAUUGAUAGACGAUGACGUUGACGUGGUCAAAGAGCUAAAUAUUGUUUGA